GAGGAAUUAAACGCGAGCUGGAAGGCGGGGCUGCUCCUACUGCCCGCCCCUCCGCUUCUGCAAUUGGCUGUGCGAUCUUGGGUCUCCGUCCCACAGGCCUGCGCCUGCGCGAGGGCUAGGGCGGCGAGUCGUACCUGAUGGUUGGAGGUAGUAACCUCCGCUUCUCUUCCGCUGGCGGGAGAGUUAGAUAGCCUCUCAAGAAAACACCAUGAAAGAUACUGAUAUCAAGAGACUACUGUAUACCCAUCUUUUAUGCAUAUUUUCAAUUAUCCUAAGCAUCUUCAUCCCAUCAUUCUUCUUGGAGAACUUCUCAAUUUUGGAAACACACUUGACAUGGUUGUGCAUCUGUUCUGUUUUUGUAACUGCCGUCAAUCUGGUAUUAUAUUUAGUAGUGAAACCAAAUGCAUCCUCUAAAAGAAGUUCAUUAUCAUACAAGGUAGCGAGGUUUUUGAAAUGCUGUAUCUACUUUCUUAUGUCAUGUUUCUUCUUUCAUGUCAUUUUUGUUCUAUAUGGAGCACCACUCAUAGAGUUGGUGUUGGAAACAUUUUUAUUUGCAGUUACUUUGUCAACCUUUACUACUGUACCUUGUUUGUGUUUGUUAGGGCCAAACAUCAAAGCAUGGCUAAGAGUUUUCAGUAGAAAUGGAGUUACAUCCAUUUGGGAGAACAGUCUUCAGAUCACUACAAUUUCUAGCUUUAUAGGAACAUGGCUUGGAGCCUUUCCUAUUCCACUCGAUUGGGAGAGACCAUGGCAGGUAUGGCCCAUCUCCUGUACGCUUGGAGCGACCUUUGGCUACGUGGCUGGCCUUGUGAUUUCACCACUCUGGAUAUACUGGAAUAGAAAGCAACUUACAUACAAGAACAAUUAAUUGGAGCAAAGGGAGAAGAUAUUUCUUUGUGCAGAUUCCAUAAAGACUGUGCAGAAAUGUUUAUGGUCUAAGCCAGGCAGUUCCAUUUACAGCACUGUUUUUUUAUGUAGUUACAACAUGGUGUGAUUGUAGCUUUUUAAACUAUGAAACCCCUGAGAGAUUGUACCUUCUAGUUGAAAUAAAGUAUUUAUAAUAGAUUGUGGCUUCAGAUGCUGUUUGCUGCUUCUUGGACCUUUAAGAAACAUUCUUAAGGUUUUUUUUUUUUCCUUUCAAGUUUUAAACUGCUUCAUUAUUUAUAAGAGGUCUGGGUAUAGUUGUAGCAUUUCAUAUGCUUUUUAAGAGAAAUGGACAGUUUCCUUGGCCACUGAAGAUGUUUCUCACGUAAUCAAACAACAGUUUAUACAUCUUGAUCCUAUUCUUUUUUUUACUGUGUGUUUCUUUGGAGUUAAAAUGGCUAUGAUAGCCUCAUCAAAAACAGUCUUCAAUCCCUUCUGGGUUAAAGCCGAACAUUCCACAUAGCAGCAUGCUCCUAUCUGGGAGACAAAGAAAUCACAAACAUAUAAAAUCUUUUUUACACAGUUGGUAUGACACAACACACCAUUAUAAGGAAAAUGAGAAAAUAACAGCUAUGCAGAAGGAAUGAAAUCAUCAUCCAUAUUCAUAAAAACCCAGAGACUGCCAACUAAAAGGUAAGUGUAUAUUCUUCCACACUUACUCUAUGAAAAUUGAUGUCAUUCAUCACGUAUUUACUGGUUACCUACCAUAUGCCAAGCACUGUUUUAGGUGCUAGAGAUAAUGUCAGAGAACUGAACAAAAGACCAAAAUGCUUGCUGUGUGAUGCUUACACAUGCUUAAAUUCUCCUGGGGGAGGGGCCCACCAAGGGAACCGAGGGCAGAUGGUAUGGUGCACUUCGGAGCACCGGCGCGGGGGAGAUGGGGCGUGCACAGGACACAGGUGGGAAGCUUCCCAACAAAGUGGUGUGAGCAGUGAGGGCCACGUCCAGGCGGACGGAGCCACCACUGGGAAGACGGUGAUGUGGGAGCAUGAGUGGAGCGUUCAGAGGAUGCUAAGGAAGCCAGAAGGGCAGGAGAGAGGGAGCAGCAGAGAUUGGUAAGCGGUGAGGCUGGCUGAUGAGGCAGCCCUGAGGCCGGGAAUAAGGACUUUGGCUUCUCCUCUAGGAGAGGCUCCGUUUGUUCACUGGAAAUUCACUGCACAUUCUUAUUUGCCAAAUGAAAGCAUACAGCAAGGAACAAAAUAAGUCUCUCAGACUCACAACGCUUACAUUUUAGAGGGAGAAGGACCACCACGAGCUACUAGAGUUUGAAUGUCAGAAGGGAAUACGUGGUCUGGAGACAACUGGGGAAGGAAGGUGGAUAGGGAGUGGGGACAAGAUCAGGCAAGGCCUCACUGAGAAGGUGACACCUGAGCAGAGUCCUGGAAGGAGUGAGAAAAUAGUGUUCCAUAGGGAAGAACACUCCAGGCAGAGGGAGGGGCAAAAGUACAAAGACCCCAGGUCCGAGAUCUGGGGAUGCAGCAAGAAGGCCAUGUGCCUAGACUACAGUCAGUGAGGUGCACACAGCCGGGGUCUGUAGGCCUCUGUGACUAGCUGGGGAGCCACUGCAAGGUUGUGAGCAGAGCAGUGACCUGAUCGAGCUUGUAUUUUUGACUCACUCAGGCUGCUGUGUUGAGAACAGGUGGACACGGGGUCACAGACAGAAGCAGAAAGGUGAGUCAGAGCUGUUCCGGUAAUCCGGGCUAGAGACGAAGGGGCCUGACCAGACUGUUCGAGGAGCGGAUGGUGAGGGGCCUGUGGACGCUGGAUGGAUUCCGAAGGUAGGACAAGAGCUUUGGCUGCCUGGUUGCCCACACAGGAGGAGAGCGAGAGCUAAGUCGAGUGUGACCUCAAGGUUUUUUGAGCUGAGUAACUGGGAGGAUGGGCACAGAGGAUAAAAUUAGGAAUUCUGUUUUGGACAUGUUAAUUUUUAGAUGCUUAGCCACCCAGAUGGAUUUGUUGGGUGAACAGCUGGAUAACUGAGUCUGGAGUUCAGGGAAACGGUCAGGCUGGAGAUGGGACUUGGGAAUCUUCGGGGGCAGACUUUUCAAACCACAAGACUGACAGCAGCUCACCUGGGCCUAGGGAGGGUGGGUGCAGAAGAAGAGAUGUUACAGAAGCCGUGUGCUGAUCCCUGGGCAUCCAGCAUGCAGAGACAGGGACUUGAGACAUGGAGGAAAGGCCACUGCCGGGGGCAAACCCCAGGAGAGGGCAAGCAAGGGAGCCAGGUAAAAGUAUUUGAAGAAGAAGCCCACUGCCCCAAUGCUGCCAAC